GAGCGUCAGAAGCGUCGAUAAGGGGAUGGAAAGAGGUCAUCUACGCCUCUGCUCCGCUGCCCCCACCGUAACACCAAACGCCUUGAACGAUCAUUUUUUUCCGUUGUGACCAAUCUACGAAUAUCUCUUGAGCGGUAAACAGUGCUAACGGAGCCUUGGAGAGGCGACCCCCGAGGUAGUUCAUGCGUGGCGAUCAGUUAUCGAUAGCGAAGUGUUGAAGCACCUGAAAAUCGGUGAAGUUUAAAUGCCAUAAGAGAAGAUUGUUGCCAGAUUGCCGUGUAAUUCAUCCCCUCACCCCCCUUCCUCCUCCCCCUUUGCUUAUACCAGUUGCCACGGUGCCAUGUGCUGCGGCGACCUCCAGUGUGGGCCAGCGAUCAUGCCGUGACAGGAACUCAGAACUAUGGCCGCUAGAACAUGUUAAAGAGAGGACUGAAGGUUGGAUGAUGACCGGUGAAUGUAGCCUUGAACACUCGCCCCAGCCCCCACACGGUGAAGGUAGCCUUGAAGAACACCCUCAAGACGGUGAAGGUAGUCUUGAAGAACACCCUCAAGACGGUGAAGGUAGCCUUGAAGAACACCCUCAAGACGGUGAAGGUAGUCUUGAAGAACACCCUCAAGACGGUGAAGGUAGCCUUGAAGAACAGCCGUGUAUGUGUGAAGAACACACUGAAGGUACACGUGAAAAACACGCCACACGGUGAAGGUAGCCUCGAAGAACAACCCUCCACACGGUGAUCAUAACCUUGAAGAACACUUCACACUUACAAGUACCUUUUUAAGAAACUCCAACGAACCUUCUGUCAAGGUGCCACUACUCUUCCCCCCUCUCUCCCCCCUGGGUACGUGUCGGUAUCAGACUACAUCCUGUGUACAUGUGUAAAUACCCCUUGUACACCCUGAGUAACUCAGUACCACGCUACUGAGUAACUGGCAGUAGCACGCUACGCCCUGAGUAACUGGCAGUAGCACGCUACGCCCUGAGUAACUGGCAGUAGCACGCUACGCCCUGAGUAACUGGCAGUAGCACGCUACGCCCUGAGUAACUGGCAGUAGCACGCUACGCCCUGAGUAACUGGCAGUAGCACGCUACGCCCUGAGUAACUGGCAGUAGCACGCUACGCCCUGAGUAACUGGCAGUAGCACGCUACGCCCUGAGUAACUGGCAGUAGCACGCUACACCCUGAGUAACUGGCAGUAGCACGCUACGCCCUGAGUAACUGGCAGUAGCACGCUACGCCCUGAGUAACUGUCAGUACCACGCUACGCCCUGAGUAACUGGCAGUAGCACGCUACGCCCUGAGUAACUGGCAGUAGCACGCUACGCCCUGAGUAACUGGCAGUAGCACGCUACGCCCUGAGUAACUGGCAGUAGCACGCUACGCCCUGAGUAACUGGCAGUAGCACGCUACACCCUGAGUAACUGGCAGUAGCACGCUACGCCCUGAGUAACUGGCAGUAGCACGCUACGCCCUGAGUAACUGUCAGUACCACGCUACGCCCUGAGUAACUGGCAGUAGCACGCUACGCCCUGAGUAACUGGCAGUAGCACGCUACGCCCUGAGUAACUGGCAGUAGCACGCUACGCCCUGAGUAACUGUCAGUAGCACGCUACACCCUGAAUAUCUCUCAAGUGCUACGCUACAUCCUGUGUGUGUGUACCUGUGAUCGUACCACACGACUCCCUGGUGUACCUCCAGUACAGUACAACGCUACACCUGGUGUACCUGUGUUGUACUACACCCUGUGUGUGUGUCCCAAGCAUCAAAGUGCCUUGUGAAGACGCAUAAUAACUGUGACACCACCGACUUCUUCCACGGUGAGAAAUCCACUAAACUGUGAGCCGUGAUAUAUAUAAUCUACGGUGAACGAUGUGCUGACUAUGGUUAACUGUGCACAACUGUGACUUACGGUUAAGUGGGGGUAGUAUUGACUACGGUGCUCUACGGGACAGAGAUAUUUAAUACGUAUCACCAAAGUGCAAAACGGACGCUGGGGGGAAAAAAAAUUUAUUAAUCCGACUCGGGUUAUCAAAGCCGUUUGGCCUUUGAGCGGUGUGCGUUAUCUGUGGCGUUGGUGGGGGGCGGGGGUGUCCCACAGCCCACAGAAGGGAUCAUGAGGAGUGUAGGCGCGGGCGUGGUGUUGCUGGACGCCCAUAAAGGCUUCUUAGACCUCACCCAAGACGCCCUCGAGAAACUCAUCAGCCGGGAACCCAUCUCUGCCCACUAUGAUGUGGAGCAGACGCCGUUUGCAAGGGGAAAGUUCGCGGCUGUGAGGCGCGCUCGCUGCCUCCGGACUGGCACUUGGUUCGCUGCCAAGGUCAUGAGGAAACGUCGCCGAGCCCAAGACGUCCGCCACGAGAUCCUUCACGAGGCGGCUGUCCUCCUCCUGGCCAGACCCUCCUCCAGGAUCGUGUCCCUCCACCAGCUCUACGAGACCACUUCGGAGAUCAUCCUCGUUCUCGAACUGGCUGAGGGUGGAGAGUUGCAGAGAGUCAUAGACGAGGAAGAAAAUCUGGAGGAGGGUGUUGUGUGUCGCUACAUGAUCAACAUUCUUGGUGCUCUUCGCUUUCUGCACGCCCACAACAUUGCCCAUCUGGACUUGAAGCCACAAAAUCUCUUGUUGAUGGGACAACAUCCACAAAGUGAUGUUAAAUUGUGUGACUUCGGCAUUUCACGCAUCAUCCUGUCUGACAUAGAAGUUCGCGAGGUCCUCGGCACUCCAGAUUAUGUUGCACCAGAGAUCUUGCAGUAUGAACCUAUCAGUCUAGCUACAGAUAUGUGGUCUGUGGGCGUGUUGACGUAUGUACUAUUGACUGGACAUUCACCUUUUGGUGGUGACACCAAGCAAGAAACCUUUCUUAAUAUAUCCCAAGGUCAGGUUGACUUUCCGAAGGAACUCUUUUGUGAUGUCUCGGAUCAAGCAAUCGACUUCAUCACACGGCUGUUGGUUGUCAAUCCCAGCUGUCGUCUAACAGUGGAUGAAGCAAUACAACACCAGUGGCUGAAAGGAGUCUAUACUUCUCAUCCCUUUUCCAGUCCCUCACCUACUACUACCCAUCGUUCCAGCAGAGAGAUACUUUUGCAUUCUCCCACUUCAACCGCUGCAACAUCCCAACGCCGAAGCAGGGAACUAGAGAAGCACAAUACUACCCCAAAAGGAAUCCCUUCUUUUCACUGCAGCAGCAGCAGUAGUAGUAGUAAAGAAAGCAUUUCACAUUCUGUCACAGUGUCCACAGCCAUAUCUCCAGGUAACUCAAGUGCCAGUUGUAGUAAAGAUAUCACAUCACCAUCAAACAGUCCAGGGGUGUCCUCCAUUCGCUUUAUUGGAGAACCUGAUUCAUAUGCACCUAGCACUUCCUCCAUGCACUCAGCCAGGGAGAUAGAUACGGCAUGUGUGGGAAGCACCUUGCAUCAUGGCAGAGAAGGUGUUAGUCCAUGGAGAAAGUCAGAAUUCAUAAACAAAGAAAAUAAUAAGAAUACACUAAAUAAAACAGAAGAGUCCAUCGUACCUGGGCAUAGUAAAGAGUUGGUCACUUUAGAGUCUCCUGGCAAACCUAGAAGUAGAUUAGUUCAUGCAGAUAAAGGAAAAUUAGUAAGGGAAACAGAUUCACCAAAGAAAGUGGCCAUCGGUAAGGAAGGUAAAGAAAAUAAGGAAAAUGGUAAAGAUGUUAAAGACAGUUGUAUGGAAAAAUUAAAACCCUCACCUCUAUGCCUGAGACGACAUGGUUCAAAAUGUGAUUUAAAGUCUCCAACAGAUCAACAGAAGUACGGGUCUGUGCAAGGCUCUGUUAGUAUAAUCUUGGAAAAAAAGUAUCAUUUGUUAACCCAGUGUGACAUUUGUAAUUGUUGAGGACUUGUUGCCUCUUCUUAUAGGGUAAAUAGUAUAUAUUAUAUAUAUUUAUAUAUUAUAUAUAGAGUAUAUCAGCUGAAUGCUGCUGCUCAGUAAUAUAUAAUGCCAGUUAUGCUGGCUGGGUAAACCUCUCCAUAUUGUGACCACAUUUAUAAUCAAAUGGUGCUAUUGUAACAAAUUUCAGUGAAUAUUAACUAACUGCAGCAGUUAGCAGAGUAAAUUUUAUACCUUUUGACGAUUAAGCUGUGUCUGCAGGCGAUUUAUUUAAUUUAUGUUGAUAUAAAUUUCUUUAAUAAUAAUAUUUGGUAUAAUUUCUUAUUAACUCGGUGAUAUUCACCAAGUAUUAUCAAGAGGAAACAUACAGUAUUAGCACAAAAAAUAUUUUCUGGUAGUAGCCAGUUUCAUGGUACAGAAAUGUGUAAUAUAGUUCUCCCUGAUAUUUAUUACCGUCUUUUGUAAUAUCAUUGCUGACAUUCUAAAAAAGUAAUAACAGUACACUUCAGAAGAUUAUUAUAUAAAUGCAUAUUUUGUAUAAUGUCAUUAUUCAAAAUAUUUAUGAACUUUCCCGUGCCGACCUAAGAACAAUUUUCCGAUAAAUGCAUGAUGUUCGGAGUCAUUGUGCUUAACCAACUGUAAGAGGAAUUGACUUAGCUUAAGACUUAAAAAUGCAUUUAAUGCUUAAAAUAAAAUACUUACAAAUGGUGCAGUUAACUUAAAAUACGUUUUCGACGCUAUUUCCAACAAUUUCAUUUGAAUUCAGUUAACUUUAAAAUUAAUUACCAGAGUAAUGUUCAAGGCACUGUCUCCCAAACUAGCAACAAGUACGGUGAAUACGAAACCAAUGAUUAUUUAUUUACAAUGUUUGCCUUACUGUAAUUUCACUCCCACAUUGCAAGAAAAUUGCACCCAAAUAUUUUUCUGUUGUAAUUUUAAUAGUCUAAUUAAACCAGUAUUAAGGAUAUAUGGCCAGAUUAAAGCAUACUUUUAUUGUACGUAAUGUAUGGUUUAUUGUAAGAUAUAUAAUGCAGCCACCAAAGUCUGGACUACUGUGUAUAGUUCUGGCUAAGGUAUCUGGGAAGUAAUCAGAAGCUUGGGAUUUAUUUUUUCUUAAUAUGAAAUGAUUACCAAGCACCUUUGCUCAUAUUUAGACAAAUGUACAGGAUUAAUGAUGAUUUUUGUUAUACAGGAAUGUUUAAAUGCUUUUUUUUUUUUUUUUUUUUUUUUUUAUUAACUUACAGCCCUAAAGAUCAUGUAAAUUAAGUACAGUACUAACAACAGUACAAUGCUUGUAAACUUUUUUAUUAGACUCAAUUUCUAGGGGCUAAAAGUUAAAUCUUAAACGUUUGUACCAGAACGAGCCUUGAUUUUCUUUUUUGACGGUCCAGAUUUUGAGGGGUUGCAAUAUACAGUGGUGUCCCCACUCACUGUUCUGGGUAUCCCACUCGUGUAUCUGAAAAAUAUAGAUAUCCAGCAAUCGGCUAUGAAGGUACUGUAUAUGCUAAUAGCAGAUACGUUUUGAUUGGGAAGAAGUGCCUGUGAUAACCUCCCUCCCCCCAAGGCUAAAUAAAGAAUAUUUGGGUGAAUCUUCAUUUAAAUUAAGAUAAGGGUAGAUAUCUUGCCAUCAGAUUGCGUUUGUCUAAGAUGUAUGACAAAUGCAGCGAUUGAGAAUAAUAUAUAGGAAUCUCGUUCAUCACAAAUACUGACAGCAUGCAUAAAUUUUGGAAUAUUAUGACAGAAAAUUAUGUACUUGACCUUAUACCGAGGCUCUUAUUAACUCCACAGGCUGAAAGUUAUUUUAUUCUUCCAGGGAGUAAGGAAAAUACAUAAUGUUUUCUAUCAUUCAAGAGACUUCUGUUGUGAAUAAAAUUGUCUUACAAUGAUUUAAAUACUAAUUAGGAAUGCAUUAGUUCCAUGUAUCUGUCAGUACUAUCAAAUGUACCUUUGUCAAUUCAUGCUGCAAGCAAUCGAGGGAAGUUUAUCAGGACUGAAUAUACUAAAGAGUCUUAACAUUAUACCUGUUGUUCACUGCCUUGACAGCAUUCCACACUACACGUACUUAAAUUCCCUCGCACACAGUUUCAUAUACAAAUUAUUUGCUUUUUUUAUUAACACUAUCGACUCCCUAUGUUGUCAUUUUAGAAGUGUGUGUUCUUAACAUUGUGUAAAUACAGUACUGUAAUCAUUGAGUAAAGAACUAUGAAUAGUUUGUUGCAAGAUAAAUUUUGUGAAGUUAUUGCAAUUUAUCUUCAGUUAUCUAAUCACAACAGUUGUUACUGUUGUUUUAUAUGAAUUGCAUCAAUACACCUGGUAUUUGAUAUAAUGAUAACAUGACAUGCAAGUAGACAUUUACUGUGUUCAGCAUAGCUGGUAAGGUGACAAGUGAACAAUAUAAACACUGGUAAUGAUUAUUUAUGGACACUAUUGAUACAGUAGUUCUUUUCACGGCCUGGCCCCCUUGGGCAGCCUUCCUUAGUGAUUGCCUGGCCAUAUGAGUGAGAACUUUUGCUGAUAAAGUAAUGAUGGAAAAAGACAUUACUUAAAUAAGCCAAGAGCAAAGACAUCUACUGAUAAGGAAAUGACAACCAACACCUUGUGCCGAUGAGAUAACAGAGGCUGAUAAAUGAAUACUGAUAAGAUAUCAGGGAUUGAGAGGCUGCAGUGUAUAUACGAGUAUACAGAUGUAGUGAAGCACAAUUAAUCUUACUUUGUUUUUAUCACCAAAUGUUGCAAUUUAAUCAUACAAAAGUGCAAUAGGUACUCUUCAGUUUUCAUUGUUUGAUCUAUUCCAUUUGUACUGGAUUUUGUGAUUGACAGAUUUUUAUUUGUUAUAGCCACUAAUUGCUAAUUAGAUAGUAAUGGAGUUGUUUUAUAUAUAUCAAUUUUUUUUUAUUUAGUGUGAUAUAAUGGACCUGAAGUACUUUGUAAGGCUCUGUCAAGGAACAUGGGUUCCUCAGUAAUGAUCGUAAUUUGUUUUUGUAGCUUUUCUCUGCAAAAAUUCUUCUUUUAUAGAUAUGUGAUUUUUCAGAGAGUAUAGAUGCACAAGUAUCUCCAUCUCGUUAUGUCUGUUUUAAUUAUAUGAUUAAUACCAUUUAUUAUUCAUACUGUAUAUUUUGUACAUAGUGUGUACCUAUUAUAUAAACAUUUAAAAUUC